UUAAAAAAAAAUGUUACAGUGAAAAUGUCACGGGAUAUUGAAGUUUUUAAAUUAUGUUUACAAACAUUUAUUUUUCAGAUUUUUACUAAAUUUUAGUAUUAGAUAAUACGACGUAAUUGCUUUGAAGUAGGUUCUUACUUGUCACCACUAUACUACCACCACUAAAUAAAUAGUGAUAGAUAGUUUUCAGCGAGUACUCUGAGUUAUCAGUCGGCGGCAUAUAUUACAGUUUAUAAAAAUAUUUGUAUAAAUAUAAAAAAUAUGAACAAUAUAACAGGUAAAAGGAUUACAUAUAAGCGUACACGACCAAAUCCCCUGUUUCAACAUUGGCUUGAAGAACUGUAUGAAGAAGCAAAAGAAAAGAAAAGCAAAUUAGAACCUAUGCUAAAGGAAGCUUUAGACUCAAUAUCAAAGUACCCUUUGCCGCUGCAAACUGGAGCAGAAUGUGCUAUUCUAAAAGGUUUCGAAAAAAAGCUGUGUAUAUUUUUAGAUAGACGAUUAGCAGUUUAUCUGAGUAAUAAUAGCGAAAACGCGGAAAGUGCGCCAGGAAGAAUACAAAGUAAUCAGUCUAAGCAUAGUUCUGUAUUUAUCAAUAAAAAUCAACCACUGAAUAGUCACAUACAAAAUAAAAUUCCAAUAUGUUUACAAGUAAAUUCUAUCAAAAAAGGAAAUUGUUCUUCAACUGAUUUGUUGUCAAAUAAAGUAUCAAGCAAUUUAUUAGCACCCACAAAUGCAUUAAAAAAGUGUAAACAAAAGGUGUAUAAACCAGCUUACAGAUCAGGAGGUUAUGCUAUUUUGUUAGCAUUAUUAGAAAAUAGUCAAGAAAAUCCUGAGAAACCAUCACUAACAAAGGAGAUGCUAAUUGAUAAGGCCCAAAAAUAUAGUGAAGAAUCAUUUAUUAGACCAAAGCCAGACACAUUUUACACAGCUUGGACGAACAUUAGGAGAUUGGUUAGUAAGGGUUAUGUGUUGAAAAGUACGAAUAAAAAAAUGGAGUACAUGUUAACUAAGGAGGGAAUUUCUUUAGCUGAAGAGUUAUUGAAGGAUUCAGUAGACAAGCCUACAGUGAAUGAUAUAAUUUUUAAUGAUAUGGUCACUAGUUCUAAUACUGAUAUUGAAUCUAGGAUCAUAGAUCUAGAUACAGUUGAUGAACCAUCCUUAACUAAUUGUCAGUCAAGUCAAGGACUAUUGAAUAAUAAAUCCCCAGACAAUAACACAGAUGUAAAUGACACUGUGUAUAUUGAGAUGCUACCAGGAACUUUUGAUAUUAUAUUGUUAAUUGAUAAAAAUGAAACUGGAGGGGUGACAAAGAAAAAUGAUCCUACAGUGGCCCAGUUUAAUAAAUAUCCAGAUCUUAAACAUGAAUAUAGAAGUUUGAAAGUAGGUGACUUUACAUGGAUAGCCAGGAGUAACAUUAAUAAAGAACAUGAACUUGUGCUUCCAUAUGUCAUAGAACGGAAAAGAAUGGAUGAUCUGGGAGCAAGUAUAAAGGAUGGAAGGUUCCAUGAACAGAAAUUUAGAUUAAGAAAAUGUGGCAUAAAGAAUGUAGUUUAUAUGGUGGAGAAUUAUGGCAAAAACAAACAUGUAGGUCUACCAAUACACUCUUUGAUGCAGGCUUUGUCAAACACAAGGGUGCAGGAUGAUUUCAAAGUUCACAUUACUGAUUCAUUAAGCAAUUCAGCUAGAUUCUUAGCUAUGAUGACUAAAAGAUUGACUAUAGAGUAUAAGAAUAAACAUUUAAAAGGAAGCAGCAAUGAACCUUCAAAUGAAAAUCUGAUGACAUAUCAAUAUUUCAAUGUCACCUCAUCAAAAACAAAACCACUUACUGUAAAAGAAACGUUUAUAAAGUUACUAUUACAGUUAAAAGGGAUUUCUGUGGAGAAAGCAAUAGCUAUAACUAAUGUUUAUAGUACACCUGCAUUACUGAUGAAGACCUAUCAGAAUUAUGAAGAGAAGGAGGCAGAAAUUUUACUUGCCGAUUUGAAAUAUGGUGAUCAAGGUCGAAAAGUGGGACCUGUAGUGAGCAAGUCUAUUUAUCAAUUGUUUUCUGACAAAUUUACAUUAUAGUAAUUAUGGGUGAUAGUAUUAUUUGAUCUGUAAUAUUAGUGUCUAUUUAGAUCAUGAUGUAUAUAUAUACUACAUAUUGUAGACUGCCAAUGAAAUCACAAAAACAAGACAAGGAAAUGGUUACACUAGUAGCAUGUUUUAUGAAUGUGUACACUACAUAUUCUGAAUUUGUAUGGCAUUAAAGUUGCAAAAAUAGUAAAAAUUAACGUCAUAAUCAUCAUCAUAUCAGCUAAUAUCUGUCCACUGCUGAACAUAGUCCUUCCCCAUUGAUUACCAAGGAAUGGUUCUGGGCCAAAUAUUGAGUGAAGACUAAGUGGUACCUUUAGAGCAUUGGUUUCGGCAUGAUAUAAAAAGUGCAGGUGAAGUUCCGUUCACUUCAAAAAUUUUUUAUCAUUCAAUAAUUUGAGAAAUAUGUUUUUCAUGUUUUAAUAAUAUUCCUAUAUUAUGUUUGAUAAUAGACAAUUAAUGCUGUAUAUUAUUUAAUGUUAUAUAUAAGUAACAAGUAUAAUAAUUAUAUUGGUUUGU